AUACCUGAUUAUUUAUCCUUCAAGCAGAAUUAAGCUGAAGGAAAACGAAAGCACUUCACAGAGAGGUAAACCUUAAUUGACGUAUCGCUGCUGCCACAUGCUGGACAAGAGGCGUAAGUAAUUCUACUGGCUGAGCAGACGUGACGUCAUAACAAAAGAAGGAAAUUAAACUACCCAAGCCUCUGUUUUUGUUUUCAGUGACAGAUUUCAGCUAUGGCUGACUCGUCUCUAAACCCCGUGGUCUGGCUCGGUGUGGGCUCCAGUUUCGCUUUCUCUGGUUUGUUUUAUCAUCUCUAUCAGGAAAAGAAGAAGGAGCUAAAAAAGCUAAAGGAAAUCCCUAUUUUCAAGCCUGAUGAUUAUUUACUUAAAGUGCUGAACUCAUCUCCACACAAGCGACUUCAGUAUGUUGCUGUUGAAGGUGUUGUUCAGGCUGAUGGGGAACCCCUGCCAAGCAAGUUCGUCCCGCGACGCCGCGGUGUGAUCCAGAAGGUUGUUCUGGAGGAGCACUGGAAAUACUGGAACUAUGUCACCAGGACUUGGAACUCCAAGACGAUUAACAAGAACGAGACCAACAACUCCGUCCCGUUCAGUUUAGUUCAGCCUGGGUCUUACAUCUCCAAAGUUUAUGUGAAGGUGCAGAACCCCCUGGAGGCUUCUGGGUGCUACAUGGAAAGGGUUCACUCCAAAGUGAGACGCGCCAAGGAGGGUCUGGUGGACAUGGUGGCACAGGGUCUGAGUGGUGAAAAACCCAUGGCGUUGGUGGAGAGCGAACAGAUGCUGUGUGUGGGAAGCAGCCUGACCGGGUUCGGAGAGGUGGUUCUGGAGGGUGGCCAGGUGAUCAGACUCCAGGCGCCGCAGGACGGACGGAGCUAAAUCCUGGUGCCCAGCGACUAUAGGAGCUUCAUGGACAGACACGAGGCAUCGGCCAACUUGUGGAAGACGCUGACAGCUGUGACCGGCCUCACCGGGGCUACUUUGUUAGCCGGCAUCGUGUACAAUUAUUUUGGAAAACAGGACGACAGAUCAAGAUAGGCUGAAUGCUGCAGGUUUAAAGCUGUGCUCUCUUGGGUGUGAUCCAGUGUCUGAAGUUUCUACUAAACUGUUAUUAAACAUAUUUGAGACUAAAAUUCUAGAAAGAAUUCUAGAAAGAAAACCAAAAUCAUGACAAAAACUAAAAAAAAUCACUUUAUUUUCCCAAUAAUCCUGGUAUCCGAAGGUUCUUAUUUAAAAAUUGGCAGUAAUGGAUCAAUCCACAGCUUUGGACUGGCUUCACUCACUUUAUUUAAUGACAGUUACUGCUAGAUAUUUGGCUAAUUUUUAGCAACUACAGAGUGAUCUAAUGUUAAUACAUUAAUGUAAUGCAUUAAGUUUGGCACUUUUUACUGCCAUUUAAUCAAGGGAACAAGUUAUUCUUCUAAUAAAGAUGUUUUUUUAAUUGG